GCCACCGCGAUGCCUCUCGUAGGAGAGGCGGAAGCUUUCCUCCAACGAGCUACUCGGGAGAGACUGGAGAAGUUCGCCCGGCUGAGAGGUAAAGCAGCACAGAUUGGAAAAUUCUGGGAUGUUGUUGUAAUAACAGCAGUUGACAAAAACCAAGAAAUAGCUUACCAGCAACAACUGUCAGAAAAACUGAAAAGAAAGGAACUCCCUCUUGCUGUUGAUUAUCAUGUUUUUGUUGAUCCACCUGGACCAAAAAUAGGAAAUGGCGGAUCAACACUUCACGUCCUUCAGUGCUUAGAAGAGCAUUAUGGUGACAAAUGGGAUACUCUUACUGUCAUGUUAAUUCAUUCUGGUGGAUAUAGUCAACGUUUACCAAAUGCAAGUGCUCUGGGAAAAAUUUUUACUGCUUUGCCUUUUGGGGAUCCACUUUACCAAAUGCUGGAUUUAAAAUUGGCAAUGUACAUCGAUUUUCCCUCCCAUAUGAAUCCUGGCGUUUUGAUAACUUGUGCAGAUGAUAUUGAACUUUAUCAUAUUGGAGCAACAGAAUCCAUAAGGUUCGAUCAGCCUGGAUUUACUGCAUUGGCUCAUCCUUCCAGUCUGACCAUUGGUACAACUCAUGGUGUAUUUGUAUUGGAGCCACUGUUGCAUUUAUCGGAAACAGGAGAACUUGAAUACAGAUCUUGUCAUCAUUUUUUGCACAAGCCUAGCAUUGAAAUUAUGCGUCAUUCAGGAGCUGUAUAUAAAAGAAGUAAUUAUAAAGCAUCACCUUCUGAAGGACUGGCAACUUCAGUAGCGGACUCUGAGUAUGUAUAUACAGAUAGCUUAUUUUAUAUACAUCACAACACUGCAAAACUCCUGUUGACAUUUUAUAAACAAAUAGGUAUGCUUUGCUGUGAAAUAGAUGCCUAUGGUGACUUUCUUCAGGCAUUAGGGUCUGGAGCAACACAACACUACAUAAAAAAUACAGGAAAUGUCACAAAGGAAGAAUCAAGUCUAAUGGAAAUAAGGCAGAAGAUAUUUACUCUUCUAAAAGGAUUGCCUCUCAAUGUUAUAGUCUUAAAAAACUCCAAAUUCUAUCAUAUUGGGACUACUCAUGAGUGUUUGUUUCACUUCACUUCUGACAGAAAGCUAAAACUGGAAAUGAGUUUGCUAUCAAAUGUUUCCAGCAUCUGUCCAAGCAUUCCAGAAGGCUUGGGGAAAUCAGCAUGCAUCAUUCAUAGUAUAGUCAGUUCAAAGUCUUCUAUUGCACCUGGCUCUUUAGUUGAAUAUUCUAGACUUGGACCUGACAUUUCAGUGGGAACUAACACUAUUAUCAGUGGCUGUUGUAUUAACACUAAAGCAGACAUACCACCAGACACUUUUUUAGCUACCCUAAGCGUGAGGAUUGAUGGGGAACUAAUGCAUGUGAGCAUGGUGUUUGGUAUAAAUGACAACUUGAAAAAGCAUGUGACAAAUCUGGCAGAUACAGACUUGCUAAGUUUUUUUGGAAUCAGGCUUGGACAGUGCUUAGAGCUCUGGGGUCUGAGAGUUUCAGACAAGCUCUUUUCUGGUGACAAGAUGGGUUUAUGGACAGUUCGGAUCUUCCCUGUUUGUUCCGUUUUAAGUGAUUCAGUGGAACUGUCAUUAGGGAUUUUGUACUCUGUACAGAACAAGUCACCUUUUACAUUGAAUUGUUUUAAGCUGUUGUCUGUUGAAGAAAUGCUUUGCUCCAAAGACGUAGAAAACAUGUUGAAAUUCAGGCAGCAACUUUAUGAAGAAAUCAAUCUGCAUAAACUGAGAGAGAAAUCUGAUUUAUGAAACUGUUGAAAAGUGGUACAUUCUCCCCAUUCUUUAAUUUGAAGAGGAUUGAUUGCUUUCAUGCUUACAGAAAUCCAGAAGCAAGCACUAUACACAUUUUGUGUGUUUCAUUGAAGUAGAAAUAAUGAAACUGCACUAACAGUGUUAUUGUAGCAUAACAUUAUUAAUGCAACAAUGCAGAUAAACUAUUCUUUUGAUGGAAAAAUUAAUGAAAUAUUUCAAAUCUAUAAAAACACAAAGAGGCAAAUUUUCUUUGCUUCCCAUUAUUAUUAUUAUGUUUUCCAUUUUUAUUAAUUCAAGUGGGGACCAGAAUUUAUUAAUUAGCAGUCUGAUUGGAAACCACUUAAAAGUUUUUCAAAGAAGAAUGCUACCUCUGGCAACAUUUUUCCACUUUUCAGGUUUGUUUUAAGAGGGCAAAACAUUUAAACAUGUUUUUUACAGCUUUGCUAGUCGAGACAUCAGAAUGACAGUGAGAAUGUUCACAGUACAUUCAAUAUACAAUCCCAACUCCAUCCACAGACCUAUUCAAGGUAGAGGGCAAAGGAAGCAAAUAAAGUUAAAUGAAGAAAUGCUUCCCAUCUAUUGGUUCAAAGGUUACAGUAAUUUUGAUUAAUCAGAAAUGUUUUCUACAUGAUUAUCAUACUUUAAGUUUGGGGUCAUAUUCUCAUAAUUGUGAACUGUGAUAAGUUUAAUAAAGGAACGCCUUUUUCCCUAUAUGCCCUCCCGCCCUCUAAGAUCAUCAGCAGAGGCCC